GAGACAGAAUGAAGAGGAGGUUCAAUGGAGGAGAGGAAGCAUUUAAUUCAAAAUCCAGUUGCUAAGAUUUUGCUAUGCUGUCAAGGGUUAGUUCUCCUCCAUUUCAUUUCCCUCUUACCCUUAUCAUCAUGCCAGUCUUUCAACUACGGCGAAGCUCUCUCAAAAAGCCUCCUUUACUUCGAAUCUCAGCGCUCCGGCCACCUACCCUACCACCAAAGAAUCACUUGGCGCCACCACUCCGCCCUUACCGACGGCCUAGAUCAAGGAGUGGACUUGGUCGGAGGAUACUAUGAUGCCGGCGACAACAUGAAAUUCGGUCUCCCAAUGGCCUUCACAAUCACAAUGCUCUCGUGGGGUGUCCUCCAAUACGGCGACCAACUCGCCUUUGCCGGAGAAUACCACCACGCACUGGAGGCGAUCAAGUGGGGAACGGAUUAUUUCAUCAAAGCUCAUACUCAUCCCAAUGUCCUGUGGGCACAGGUUGGAGACGGCGACUCCGACCACUACUGUUGGCAGCGGCCAGAGGACAUGACAACAUCACGACAAGCCUACAAGGUGGACGAGGAGAACCCCGGGUCAGAAGUCGCUGCUGAGACUGCGGCAGCCAUGGCGGCCGCAUCCAUGGUGUUUAGAAAAACAAACCAACGUUAUUCUCACCUACUAUUACGCCAUGCAGAACAAUUGUUUGAAUUUGGGGAUAAGUACAGAGGCAAGUAUGAUGAAAGCAUUGAGGUCGUCAAGGGUUACUAUCAGUCGGUGAGUGGGUACAAAGAUGAGCUAUUAUGGGCAGCUUUGUGGCUCUACAGAGCCACCGACAAGGAGGAAUACUUGAACUAUGGCUUAGAGAAUGCCCAAGACUUUGGUGGGAUCACUUGGGCCAUCAAGGAGUUCAGCUGGGAUAUCAAGUAUGCCGGUGUUCAGAUCAUUGCCUCCAUGUUGAUGGAGGAAGAAAAGCACAAGCAACACAAACACAUGUUGGAACAGUACCGUUCGAAAGCUGAAUACUACUUGUGUGCUUGUCUAAACAAAAACAAUGGAUCUAAUGUGGAACGCACUCCUGGAGGCUUACUAUAUAUCCGCCAAUGGAACAAUAUGCAGUAUGUAUCAGCAGCUACAUUUCUGCUUACAGUUUACUCUGAUCAUCUUCAGGCCUGGAAUAAGGGGCUCAGAUGUGAUCAUGGGGAGGUGAGAUCAGAAGAAGUCUUUGCCUUUGCAAAAUCACAGGUAGAUUACAUCUUGGGGGACAAUCCAAUGGCCAUGAGCUACUUAGUUGGGUAUGGCUUGAGAUAUCCACAAAGGUUGCAUCACAGAGGAGCAUCUAUUGCAUCAUACAGAAAGAACAAGGGCUUUAUUGGGUGCACUCAGGGGUACGAUUACUGGUUUGCGCAAAAGGGUCCUAACCCUAAUGUUCUCAUUGGAGCCCUUGUUGGUGGACCAGAUAUAAAGGAUGAGUUUAGGGAUGAUAGAGCGAAUUACAGGCAGACAGAGGCUUGCACAUAUAAUACGGCUACCCUUGUUGGGGUCCUUGCUAAAUUGCAUGGUUUAGAAGGAAGAGAUCACGGCACUUCUUGCUUCUAGCUAACAGGGAUUUCAUUUUUGUAACGUAAUGUUCAACCAUUCUUCUAUUCGUUGAGAAUAAAAGAUACAGAAAAGA